GCCACCAGUCGCGCACGAUCCUUGCGUGUAGAAGAGAGUGGCGAAAGGCACACGGGAAGGCGCGACUACAGUCGGCACUCUUUAGCGGGAACGAGACGAAAAGGCCGGACCCCCCCGCGACUUCCAGUCAUCGCGAUCUCAAGAUGAAGCCGCGGACAAGUUGCAUCGCUCUGGGUGUCCUCGUCGCGGCGCUGUUCCUCGCAGAGACGACAGGUGUCCCAACCGAGCCGUCGGUGACGACGUCCGAGCCCUGCCCGACGCCACUGUGCUCGGGACCCAGAUGCCGGGGCACCAAGUUGGGCCCAAACGGCUGCCAGGUGUGCGACUGCGACGGGCCUGAGCAGUGCCCCGUGGUGCAGUGCGCUCCGGGAUGCAGGGCCGAAGAGACCGCGCCAGAAGGACGAUGUCCCACCUGCGUCUGCAAUGCGCCGACGUACAGCAACCGCGAAGUGGACGUGCCCUGUUUCACACCCCUGCUGCGAGAGGCCCUGCGGCGCCUGGCCGAAGUCGAGGAGCAGCUGCACCAGCUGCGACACCUGACACAAGAGAACGGGAUGAGGCUGCACAGGCUGCUGCCACCGGCCGAGCACCACCCGCACCAGCAUCCGCACCACCACCAGCCGCACCAUCCCGCACCGCCGCACGCCGGUAACCCGGAAGCCCCGCCCCAGCCUGCCGCCGCAGCGCCAGCUGGCGGCGAUGCAAAGCAUGCGAACAGCACGGCUUGACACUGUGACUAACACGAAUGCCGGAGUGCGAGCAUGACUUGUUGCUACCGCGACGAAGCAUGUCGUUUUGAAACGAGAAAAACGGCACACAUAAGUGCUGUCCUGCCGCAUGCGCCACUUGCCCAUAACGUUGCCAAUAAACUCUACUACCACUCGC